AUGGGUUUGAGGUCUGUCAGUUUACUCUCCACCCAGUUUGGCUGUGAUGGUUUUACUGGGGUGCAGCCAUUGUACAUGCUAGAGCUUCUUGGAGCCCCUGAAAUAUCCUUUAUGGUCCCUCAAGAGAAGGAAAUCCAUGACAUCCACCAGUAUGUCUGGGUCCUGCAGGGCAGCAUGCUUGUAGCUGUUCCGAAUGAUGAAACUGUGAAGGCAGUCACUCUAGAGGAAGCACCAUGCAGAGAUGACAAUCUUGAGAAUGGCAAAGGAAUUCCUAUUUACAUUGGAAUAAAGGGCAGAGAUAUCUGUCUGGCCUGCGAAAUGAGUGGAAAAGCAGCCGUAUUGCAGCUGUUGACCAUUUGCCCUCUCUGUGUCCUGACAGUCAUUUUGGAAAUACUGCCAUGUAGAGACCCAGAAUAUCCUGUGAGAGAUGAAAGAAUUGCUGUUUACUUGGGAAUACAUGGCAAAGACCUCUGUUUAUUAUGUGAAGAAAGUAGAGGGCAGCCUAUCCUGAAGUUGGAGGAUAAGAAGAUAAUGGACCUGUACUCUUCCCAGAAGGCACAGAAGCUUUUUGUCUUUUACCAAAAUCAGAUUGGUAAUGCAUCAACUUUAGAGUCAGCUGCAUAUCCUGGGUGGUUCAUGUGUACCUCAACUGAGACAGACCAACCUGUCACAAUCACACAGCAUGUAGGGCCAAAUCACAACAUUGUUUUUUAUUUAUCACACUGAGAUGAGCUUGGAAUAGGCAUCCUUAGUGAUGGCAAAAGAACUUGGUUUCCUUGAAGAGUAAGGACUCUCAAUGUUUUUUAAUGCCAUAGACCAGUGAUAGGCAACCUUUUGAGCUUGGUGUGUCAAAAUUCACCAAAAAAGUGAGCAUAACUCAGGUGGUGUGUCACUUUGAGAAAAAAAAAUUCACAAUAUUUAUAAUUUAAAUAACAAAAAAUGUAUAAUUGUAAUAUAUAACUGUAUU